UGGCAAACUGUAGUACUUAUAUGAGCAGCCGUUGGGAGCCGAACCGGAACGAAGAAAUUCCGAAGAAUUCUCCAUCUUAAGGCAGAUCUCCGCGAUCGAAUCCCUGGGUUUCCGUGGAAAAUCUGGGACUUCCUUCUCUUUCUUAUAGGAGGAGAGAAGUUCCAGUUCGAAUUCGAUUGAGCGGCAGUGGAUAGCAGAUGGAAUAAGAUCCUAGAAAGGAAAGGAGAGAGGGAUUCGCAGUCAUCUGAAGAUGGAGAAUAAUGGAGAAACGGGAGAUGAUCCGGGCUCUGGAUGGUUUGAAGUAAAGAAGAAACACAGAACAAACUCAAAGCUUGCAAUUCAGAAGGCUUUGGGGAAAUCUUCCAACAUAGCCCACUCGUUUUCUCCACACUAUCAGGCUUAUAAUAAUGAUGAGGCUAGAAACUUGCCGAAUCGACAACCUGUCCAGCCCAUAAAAGUAGGUCUUGAUUGUACUUCUCAUUCAAAAAAUUCUUCUGCUAGUUCUCCAUUGGUAGAAGUAGAUCAAGGUAAAGAAUGUCCCGACAAAUCGGUUGUGGAGCGGAUCAGCCAGUCUCCUAAGGUAAAUGUUGCUAAUCUAGAAGGUGGAACAAAAGCAGUUGAGGAGGUGUCGAUGAAGGAAAACAUGAGCACAGUUGCCAAAAUCAGGUGGGGUGAUCUUGAAGAUAUUGCAUCGAUCCAAGAUGAAUAUUUUGAAGAUUCAAAUAAUUCUGCAAAAGACAAGCAUGGUGAGGUAGUGGAUGGGGGUUCACAAGAACAUGGACACACUGUGAAGCCCGAUGAGUCGGUAUUACAUGCAUCACCUUAUACUUCUCUCCUAGAAGGUCAGGCCAAGGCAACAUCUAAAGAUGUGGAACAACUUCCUGAUGGAAUGGUAUCUUCAGAUGUGCAUGAAGAAUCUGGCGAGUAUACCUUGAAGAAUGUUAAUGAGAUUCCAUCUGAUGAUGUUGAGGUAGUGAAGGCCCAUCCAGAUGGAGCUUUGGAAAAUUUGAGAGAAAACCACGGUGGGGGUGCCAAACAAAUGGAAAGUGGAGCUCUGGUUGACUUAGGUCCUAAUAAUACAAGCAUCGAUAAUAGUCUUUCAUCACCAGUACAAGGGAUUGUAAGACAUGUGCUACAGGAUCCUCAUGGUAAUUCUGAAAAUAGAAUCUUGAAUAGCUCUGAAGUCCCAGUCAGCAAUGUGAACAUGGGUAUAAUAGUUGGUCUAGGAGAUUCCAUUUUGCUUCCACACCAAAGCAGUGGUGUUAAAGUUUCUGUUAAUGCUUCGGUUACAACUGCUAUGGAAGAUCAGAGGGGGCUGCAGGAUGGUGCAACUGAUGGAGCUGAAUUUGGAGAAGGUGAACCUGGGGAGAGCAAAGAAAGGUUUAGGCAAAGGCUUUGGUGCUUCCUUUUUGAAAAUCUCAAUAGGGCAGUUGAUGAACUUUAUCUUCUUUGUGAAUUGGAAUGUGAUAUGGAGCAAAUGAAUGAAGCUAUUCUUGUUCUUAAAGAAGCUACAUCUGAUUUCAGAGAACUAAAAUCUCGAGUAGAACAUUUUGAGAACACAAAGAGGUCCUCUUCUCACCUACCAAAAGAUGGGACACCAAUGACUCUAAAGGCUGACCAUCGCAGGCCACAUGCCCUAUCGUGGGAGGUUAGGCGAAUGACAACUUCUCCUCACAGGGCAGAAAUACUGUCUUCAUCUCUUGAGGCUUUUAAGAAAAUUCAGUUGGAAAGAGCUGGCAAAUGCAUAGCAAAAGAUGCCAAAGAUAUGAUUUUUUCCAAUUCAACUCAUCAAGUUCCUAGUAGUUCACGAGAAACGGAUAAUGUAUCCUCAAAUGCUAGAGAACCAGGCAUUAACUCAGAAAAGCAAACUGAUGUUUUGGAUGCUGAUCUGCGGGAUACCAAUAGAGAGAAGCAGAAAAUGGAACCAACCAGGAGAAGCAAAGCACAUCUGGUGCAAAUGGGACGUGUUUCUUCACAAAACUCAUGUGCUCCUACUGUCGGAAAGUGCAAGAGAGAACCGCUAGAACCAAUUACUGAAACUGAGAAGCAGUUACCCAAGAGGGAUAAAGAGUUUGCUGAAAGUAGGAUAGAGAAAAAUAUUAAGGCCACAGAUAUCGUUAAAAAGCAUCCUUCUCUUGCUGAGAAAGAGAAGCAAAAUACAGCCCCAUGGAAAUCCAUGGAUGCUUGGAAGGAAAAAAGAAACUGGAAUGACAUACUUAAGUCUCCAAUGAGGACUUCUUCUCGAGUCUCAUAUUCGCCAGGUAUGAACAGGAAAGGUAUGGAGCGUGCUAGAAUGUUACGUGACAAGCUGAUGUCUCCUGAAAAGAAGAAAAAGAGUGCUUUAGAUAUGAAGAGGGAAGCAGAAGAAAAACAUGCACGGGCAUUGAGGAUUAGAAAUCAACUUGAAAAUGAGAGAGUGCAGAGGCUGCAGCGCACAUCUGAGAAAUUAAAUCGUGUCAAUGAGUGGCAAGCUGUUCGCAACUUGAAAUUACGAGAGGUCAUGCAUGCGCGUCUUCAGCGUAGUGAGACCCGCCAUGAAGCAUAUCUUGCUCAAGUUGUAAAAAGAGCGGGUGAUGAAAGCAGUAAGGUCAAUGAAGUUCGUUUCAUUACUUCGUUAAAUGAAGAGAAUAAAAAGCUGAUGCUGCGUCAAAAACUUCAAGACUCAGAAAUGAGGAGAGCUGAAAAGCUACAGGUUAUGAGAACAAAACAAAGGGAGGAUACAGCGAGAGAAGAAGCUGUAUUAGAACGCAGGAAGCUUCUUGAAGCUGAAAAGUUGCAGCGCCUUGCUGAGACGCAACGUAAGAAGGAAGAAGCUCAAGUUAGAAGAGAAGAGGAACGCAAGGCAUCAAGUGCAGCACGGGAAGCAAAGGCUGUUGAACAACUUCGGAGAAAGGAAAUUAGAGCUAAAGCUCAACAAGAAGAAGCAGAGCUGUUGGCCCAGAGGUUAGCUGAAAGGCUUAGUGAAAGUGAACAACGUCGGAAGUAUUACUUGGAGCAAAUACGUGAGAGAGCUUCAAUGGAUUUUAGAGAUCAAUCUUCACCUUUACAGCGUCGUUCUUUGAACAAGGAGGGUCAAACUAGAUCUAUAUCAACCAAUAGUGGUGAAGAUUGCCAAACAUCACGCAUUUCAGGUGUUGGAGAUUCUGCUGUAAGACUAGUCAAUGUCACUCAACAGCACUCAUUGAAGCGGAGAAUAAAAAAAAUUCGUCAAAGGCUUAUGGCACUUAAGCAUGAAUAUACAGAACCUCCAGUUGGUGCUGAGAAUAUAGGGAUGGGUUACAGGGUUUCUGUGGGAACUGCAAGGGCAAAAAUUGGAAAAUGGCUUCAAGACCUUCAACGAUUACGUCAGGCUAGAAAAGAAGGGGCUGCAAGCAUUGGAUUGAUUGUUGGUGAUAUUAUAAAAUUUCUAGAGGGAAAGGACCUUGAGCUGCAUGCUUCUCGCCAAGCUGGUUUGCUUGAUUUCGUAUCUUCUGCAUUGCCAGCUUCUCACACAUCAAAGCCUGAAGCUUGUCAGGUGACAGUAUACCUUCUACGAUUACUGAAAGUGGUCCUGUCACUGCCAGCAAAUCGGAGUUAUUUUCUUGCUCAAAAUCUCUUGCCUCCUAUAAUUCCCAUGCUAUCAGGAUCUCUUGAGAACUACAUUAAGGUUGCAGCAUCUUCCAAUACUGGAAGCACAAACCUUUUAUCAAGCAAAGCAUCAACUGAUAAUUUGGAAUCAGUCACUGAAGUCCUGGAUGGCUUCUUAUGGACUGUGACAGCAAUUAUAGGUCAUGCACAUUUUGAUGAUCGGCAACUUCAAAUGCAGGACAGUUUGAUGGAACUGAUAGUUGCUUAUCAAAUUAUUCAUCGUUUGCGAGAUUUAUUUGCCCUCUAUGACAGGCCCCAGGUGGAAGGAUCUCCAUUUCCUUCAUCCAUUCUCUUAAGCUUGAAUCUCUUAGCAGUCUUAACAUCUCGGCCUGGAACCUUUUCUUCUAUCGACUGGGAAUCUUGUACAUUCAGAACAGCAUCUGGUGGUAAAAUUCAAGAAUUAGAAAUUUCAGAAUCUCCUAAUACAGGAGAACCUUCUUUGACAAUCAACUCCUCUGGAGACAGCAGAUCACCUCUGAAUUUACAUGACUUUGCUGAAUCACCUGCAAAUAAAUCUGUUCAGAUGCCCGGGGAGAAGUUACUUUCUACUGAAGUAUCUCUGUCAGAUAUUCUGGCGGACAGGCCAUUAGAUGAGGAGAACAGAGAAAGGUCGUGUGGCUUUUCACUUGGUCAGGACAAUGUUGAUUCUACAUCACAAAGGCAUCCACAAACACUGUCAGUUGAAACCCAGAACAUUGUGUUAGAUGAGCAUGCCAAAUCACUUAUACCCCAAAAGGAUGAAAAGGACUCCAUGAAUGAUUGUUCAGAGAAAAAAAGAACUGAUGAGCUUCCUGCAUAUAAUAAUCCUGGAAAUAGGAAUAUAGUUAGCUUGAAGCAGCCCAUUGCUUUACUUCUUUCUGCCAUAGCUGAGACAGGCCUCGUCAGUCUUCCAUCACUUUUAACAGCUGUGCUGCUUCAGGCAAAUAACAGGUUGUCUUCUGAACAGGCUUCCUAUAUUCUUCCAUCAAAUUUUGAAGAAGUGGCUACUGGUGUAUUGAAGGUUUUGAACAAUUUGGCUCUCUUGAAUAUUACUCUUCUACAGAGUAUGCUGGCUAGAUCGGAUCUAAGGAUGGAAUUCUUCCACCUGAUGAGCUUUCUUCUGACUCAUUGCACCAACAAGUGGAAAGCAGCCAAUGAUCAGGUUCCAUGCCAUUCUCAAGUAUCCAAUGUUGGUUUACUUCUGCUGGAAUCUCUUUUGCUUCUUGGUUACUUUGCUUUAUUCCAUCCUGGAAAUCAAGCAGUUCUUCGGUGGGGAAACAGUCCAACCAUACUUCAUAAGGUCUGUGAUUUGCCCUUUGUUUUCUUUAGCGACCCUGAGUUGACCCCCAUUUUGGCUGGCACACUUGUGGCUGCUUGUUAUGGGUGUGAUCAGAACAGAGGUGUAGUGCAGCAAGAACUAAGCACAGAAAUGCUGCUUUCUUUGCUAAAGUCCUGCAGGCAGGGUUUGCUGACUGUCCAAUCUGAUUCAUCGCCACAAGAGGGUGCGACAGCAAGUGAUCCAUCUGAGGGUUAUCAAACAGUUCCAGAAGCUAGAAAGCCUCAAAGUGAAAUUCCUGUAAGAUCAAACCGUAGAAGCGCACGAGCUUUGUUGGGAAAAGGAAGUGUUUCUGCCAGCAGCAUUCGAGUCAGCAGAACAAAGAUUCAAAAGACAAAGACAUGUGAUGAGUGGGCCCUGAAGCACAACCUACCAGCCUCAGAGGCUUCUUCUACUUUCAUGUUGCAUCGUAGAUUUCCCAUGUCUUUCUUGGAUAAAGCAGAACGAUUCUUUUCAGCUGAGACCUCAAGCCCUCCAGUGUAACUUGGCGAGGCAAAUUUUCAAGACAUCAGUUAACUCCGGAUGUCCAAUGUUCUAUGCUCUCAAAUCGGAAAUCGAGGUCCUAGGGAUACCAGCAAUUUUAGAAUGCUCUUAACUACAGCAUCAGCAAUUUUCAUCAGUGGAUCAAGAAAGUCCUUCAUGGACAGUAAGAUUUUCAGUAACAGCUGUUUUGUUUUUGUUUCUUAUCGGCUGAUGGCUGUGUACUUGCAACUGAAGAGAUAUUCAGGGAAGUAGUAAUUAGUCAAUCCUCCUAAAUCACCAUUAUCUGGUAGAUGGUCUAUAUAAACAUGUACUGAAGGUCCAGAUGAUUUGUUCGUCAGUUAUGCUGGGGCGAUGCAAUCUCUGUUCCAAACUUGUUGGAUUUUCAGGGAAAAAAUUACAGCUCUACUCAUGUCAAGAAAAGAAGGGAAUGCUUAAGUUUCUUUGAAGAAUUAGCAAGCUCUAGCAAGUAUACUUUAGUUACAAAAUAUGUACAUUCUCUGGUCAAUAUUACAUGUAUGAUCUCAUCCCCGGAAAGUUAUGAAUGAAGGACAGGUACUCUUAAUAGCCAACAGCUGUUGCAUUUCAAAAUUGUUUGACAUUGUGGUUGCUUAAUUUUUUGACUUCCCUUUCAAUUUUAUAUGAACAUUGUGAACAG